GCGGACGACCUCGCGGUGUGCCAGCUGCUGGCCUCAGGGGAUCGCGGCGUGCUCACGGUGCCUGACGCGUGGCCCCUCUUCGCGGCCGGGGCGGGGUCUCUCUCAUUUGGAGCUGGCGAGGGCGACCUGCGCACUCCUCCCAUGCGCUUUGACAGGAGCAACCCCCGCUUCCAUGGGUGCGGCGACGCGGUGGUCUGCUUCUCGGAGACCGUGCAGGCUGGCUGGCCCGUCGCGGGUACUCGGACGUGCAAGUGGCUCCUCCACGCGAUCCACGACGCAGGCUGGACUCCCGCACACUGCCUCCUCGGGUGGCGCAACCUGCAGCAGGUCUCGCACAGCGACGCUGGUGUUGAGAAGCACGCCUACAUGUCAGAGGCGCUGGAGAGGGCCGGCGUCUUCGACCAGCUCAACUGCCCCGAGCUGGAGACGUUCGAGGUCCUCUCGAUGCGCUACCAGCUCUCAGCAGAGCUCUCCGCACCGGAGAGCGCCAUCCUCACGGAGAAGCGCAGGGGGAGGGGGGAGAAGCGGCUCGUGCAGGGGGCCGCAGCAGGCAGUCAGGCCCAGCAGCAGCAGGGCAAGGCACGCUCUGCCGGUGGGCCUCUCCGGGAGAGGUCGCCGGCGCUUUCGCGCCCGCAGCCAGUGGCGGUCGGCUCGGGCAUGGCGUUUGGUCCUCAGCCCCCCGACGACCGCCCUCGCGAUCUGCUGCCCUUCCCGGGCGGGCGGGUCCUCGACGAGCUGCUCCUCGGCGCGGCGGGCGGCGGGCUCUCCGCAGCGGGCAGGAUCUCCCUGCUGCAGUCACGGGCUGGGGCUGCGCCGCUGUGCGACGUGGUCCCAGACGGCUUGCAGCGCGUGCUGGCAGAGGGCAGCGGCCGUCUCCGCGAUCCCGCGGAGGUACAGGCGGCGCUGCACGAGCUCUGGCACGCCAUGGCCUUGGACCCUGCGCUGAGGCUGAGGGGCUUCAUGUGCGGGCGCUUCCUGGCGGAGCUCCUGGAUGAGUCCAUCCUGGAAAAGGCCGCCGUCGUCAAGGAGACCUCGGGGGCCUUCUUCGUCAAGCGCAAGGACAGCUUGCUGAGGCUGGUCUUUGACGCGCGACGGAGCAACUGUCACUUUGCUCCUCCUCCGUACACUUCGCUAGCCAGCGGUGAGUCGCUGGCGGACCUCGAGGGCGAGCCUGCGGCAAGACUCUGGGUGGCGUCCGCCGAUAUCGAGGUCUGCAUCUACCAGUGCGAGCUGCCCGCCAGCCUUCGGCCCCUCUUCGUGCCCCCGCCGAUUUUGGCGCGCUACCUGCCCGCCGUGUGGCGCAAGAGGCUGGGGCUCGCAGAGGGCGACGUCGAGUGCGCCUUCCAGGUGCUGGUGACGCGCGCGUGCGAGGGCCCCUCCAAGCUCUGCUACGUCGACAACCUGGCCGUGAUCUCCGACAGGGAGAGCGAGGCCGUGAACGGGACCGCCCACAUGCUGACUACGCUCGAGGGCGCGGGCGUGAAGGCUCACCUGCACAUCCCCGACCCGAGCUCGGGAUCGCUGGAGUUGCUGGGCUUCGAGCACGUGGCGCGCCAGCAGCUCUGGCGGCCCACGCCCAGGAAGUUGUGGCGAGUGGCCAAGGCCCUCGAGCGCGUCUCGCAGGCAGGGGCCACCCCAUCGGGCCUUGAGCUGGAGCGCCUCAUCGGGCACCUCGUCUCCAUGAUGAUGCUGCGCCGCGACCUGUUCUCCGUCCUCUCCGCUGUCUACCAUAUCAGCCGGAAGCUGGGGCGCAGCCGGGCGCCCCUGUGGCCCAGCGCGCGGCGGGAGCUCCGAUGGGCGCACGCCCCGCUGCCCGCCAUCGUGGCCCGCUCCGACCUGCAGUGGCUGCCGGUGGUCACCGCCUACGAUGCCCUUGAGUGGGGGCUGGGUGUCGUCGAGGGCCUGCGGGGCGUCGCUGACGUGGACCGCGUGGG